CCCUGCAGCGCAUACAAUGACUCGGAAAACGCGUGUUGUCCGACUCCGGUGCGAAUAUGGUCUCGUGUGGCCAUAUAGGCGCAGAAUCCGACCGGAGGGCCGAGGAAUAUUGUUCGGAGACGACUACUCAGUCGUAGUGGGAGAGAAGACGUUCACUUCCGAGUUCCGGUGACCUUCAUCAUCACAAGAUAAAGGUUUCAGUCGACCUGGCUUUCAAGUUUAUGGAUUACAGGAAACGGGUAUCACCCUCACCCACUGGCACUGUGGGAGACAACUCUCCGGUGGAUGGUCUCAAACAGGCAUUUCAUUCUACUGAAGCCGAGCUCCCGCUUUACCUGUAUACGAAGGAACCGAACAAUCGACGUAGAUGGCAGAAGGGUGCAUUCGCUGCUUUGCUUGCUAUAUGUCUGGCGACGCUUCUCCUACAGAGAUACGAACCUCACCCACACCUCCGAGUCCAUCAUAAUAUCCAACCCCAGACACAAACACGUAACCCUGCCUAUCUCAUAGAGGCGGAACACGGUGCCGUUGCUUCCGAGAAUAAACGGUGUUCUGACAUUGGUGUCGCCAUCUUGAAGGAAGGAGGAAAUGCUGUCGACGCUGCUAUCGGCGCUGUUUUUUGUGUUGGCGUGGUCAAUAUGUUCUCCUCGGGCAUAGGUGGAGGGGGAUUCAUGACAGUUCGCAUUCCACCCUCGUCUGAGGGUGGUAGCUCGGAAGUAUAUACUAUUGAUUUCAGAGAAACUGCACCAGCCUUGGCAAAUAGGACCAUGUAUAAGGAUGAUCCAACUGCCGCACGAUGGGGUGGAUUAGCCGUUGGUGUUCCUGGUGAAGUUCGUGGACUUCAGGAAGCACAUGGACGCUGGGGGAAAUUGCCGUGGGCUAGACUCAUGCAGCCAAGCGUAGACCUUGCUGCUGCAUGGACAGUUGACAAAGAGCUCGCGCGACGUUUACAGAUGUUCGAAAAACUCAUGCUUCCUAAAGAAGACUGGAGAGCUAUUUUCGCCCCAGAAGGACGUAUGCUGCUUGAAGGCGAAAUUAUUAGACGAACGAAUUACUCACGCACGCUUGCUGCUAUCGCUUCGGAAGGGCCUAACGUUUUCUACAAGGGUCCCAUAGCUGACUCAAUCAUACGCAAGGUACAAGCCACUGGAGGAAUAAUGACUAAUGAAGAUCUGGAGAAUUAUACUGUGAAUGUGGAUCACGCUCUUCAAGGAACAUAUCGUGAUAAGAAAGUGUACACUAGCCGUGCACCAGCUUCCGGACCUGUGCUUCUUCAUAUCCUGAACCUAUUAGAGCGCUACGAUUUCAUCGGUGAAGGCCGAACUGCCUUAAACAUCCACCGCUUUAUAGAGGCGUUGAAGUUCGGUUUUGCAGCUCGCACAAAGAUUGGUGAUCUGCCAUAUGUUACCAACGGAACAGAUCGCGUCGCCGAGAUCUCCACGAAAGCCUUUGCAGAUGCUGUAGCACUUAACCUCACUGAUGACCGUACGCAUCCCCCCGAAUACUAUAAUCCAGAGUUUGACGUCAAGAUUGAUCAUGGAACAAGUCAUACAUCUGUAGUCGACGAGGACGGAAUGGCCGUAGCAUUGACGACCACAGUGAAUCUCGUAUUUGGAUCUAUGGUGCUCGACCCCGAAACUGGUAUUAUCCUGAACGAUGAGAUGGACGAUUUUUCCAUUCCAGGACACCCUAACGGCUUCGGCCUCUGGCCUUCACCAUAUAAUUACCCCGAGCCCGGAAAACGCUCCCUAUCCUCAACAACACCCACGAUUAUCGAAAACCUCGACGGCUCCUUCUACCUCUCCAUCGGCGGAUCAGGCGGUGGCCGAAUCUUCGGUUCUGUCGCGCAAGUCAUCCUCAACCUCGAUUGGGGAAUGGAUGUCAGCGCUGCGAUUGAAAGCGGACGCGUCCACGAUCAAUUAUACCCACUCGAAGUAGACGUCGAUGAGAUCGUUCCUGUCGCCGUACAAAACUCGCUAAUCGAACGGGGACAUAAUAUCACAGUGUCGAAGAUUGAUCGUGUGGCUGCUGUUAUACAAGCGGUGAUGAGUAUGGAUGGCAAGAUUUUUGCGGCUAGUGAUUCGAGGAAGAAUGGUAUUGCCGCUGGGUAUUAGUGCUUGCGGUCCGAAGUCCGGCAUUCAGUGCUUACCUUAGCAAGCAAGCUAAUCCUUCGUCGAAUUUAAUGUGUUCUUACAUAAAAUUAAGUCCAUUGUUUCCGUGGGGUAUUAGCUAUAGCCGUGCCUCCUGUUCAAGCUCAUUAUUUAGCAGUAAUGAUCAAAGUAUUGUGUUUGGCAUAACCCUUAGAAUCAAACACUCCCAAACAACUCCAAACUGAC